AUGGAGGGCAUUUUCGCAAAGAUAGCUAAGGACACCAUUAAGUUCGAUAUCGGGGAUGACGAGUACUGGAGAGGCCUGUACGAGCCGCUGCAUGCAAGUUCCUAUGAGGGCAUUACCACGGUGAAGGACGAGGCGUACGGGCCGGCUGAACGUAACCGGCUCGAUGUAUACUUCCCUCUUAACGACAAAAAGGAGGGAAAACCAGUCAUUCUAUUCGUGCACGGAGGUGGAUUCUUUUCUGGAGGUAAAGGAUGGAGUGAAAAGAUCUGGGGGAAUAUCGGAUGGUUCUUCGCUAAGCAUGGAUAUGUUACUGUACUGGCAAAUCAUCGACUUGUCCCCAACGUCACCUAUCCUGGAGGAGCCGAAGAUAUGCAGAUGGCUCGGGAGUGGAUUUUCCACAACAUUGCAGCACCAAAGUACGGGCAAGGAUCGCCAGAGAAAGUUAUCCUUCUCGGGCACUCCUCUGGUGGUGCCCAUCUAGCCAUGAACCUAUAUGCCGCAGGCGAUCCAAAACGAACACCGAAGUCCCCAAUUUUCCCCCCGGUGGCGGGACUCAUCUUCUUGAGUGUACCUUUCUGGUGUGAUAUGAGAAAGCCUGUCCGAAAUAAAGUUUUUCGCAGUUAUUACGGGACGGAUGAUGAAAAAGUCUGGGGGCCUCUGUCCGCACUAGGACUAUUUAAAGCACUGCCAGGUGAUUCCCCAUUGCUACCAGAAACGGCUAACGCAACUGUGGCCUUCUUCAACGCCUAUCGGGAACGAAGUGUUCCUACUGGCACACUACCAAUCUUACAGGUGCAGGAGAAACAUAAUCAUAUCACCAACGUCUUAUCCAUUGGAACAACGGAUACUGCACAGGGUGAGAAGCUACUGGACUUCAUGCAGUGUUGUCUGGAUAAGCUUGAUCAAAGAAAACAGCAGGCGCUCUUAUGA